AUGGAAGCCAGUAUCAAAAGCAGCAGCAGCAGUAGUAGUGCUGGUGCCAGUUGCAGUAGUCAAUGCGUUGUAUUGCUGGCUAUUGCACGCAUUCAAGACAAAGCCAUUCUUGGUUACUUUUCUGCAAGGAUACCCACAAAGCAACAGAAUACAUACGCCUCAUAUUUUGAAAAAGGAAUCGACAGAGUCAAGCCCGUGGGCUCUGCCCGCUCCCAGCUCGACUUUUCAGACGCCCUGCUCUUUCUACAGGUUGACGGGUCUGCUGCGGUGGUGUUUGGAGCUGUUGUAACCGACAAGACAUAUUCUAGUCGCAUAGCAUACCAGAUGUUGGCGGAAUUCCAAAGUUCCCUCUUGAUGGUUGUCAGCCAGGAGAAGAUUGUGAGCGCUGCACCCAAGUCUCUGGAGCGUUUGUUUAAGCGCCAAGCGCGGGAAAUCAUCUCAAAAUACGAAGACGUCGCUUCCUUAGACCCCACCACUCAGGUUAUAAAGAAGGUGGAGAGUGUGAAGGUAGUGGUUGAUCAAAGCAUUAAAAAGGUGCUGCAGAAUCAAGGCAACCUAGAGGACCUGGUUAGCCGCACACACAAUCUAGCUAGCUCCGCAAAGCAAUUCAACAAGGACGCCACCGCGGUGAAGGACGCUACGUGGAGACAGAAGAUGGGUCUCACCCUCGUCUUGGGAUUCCUUCUUGCCGGAAUACUAGCCUACAUAAUUUAUGCCCUUGUGGAUAUGAUGAUGUAG